AUGAGGAUCGCCAUCGAGGGGUGCUGCCACGGAGAGCUCGACAACAUCUACGAGGCUCUGGUCCAUCUUCAGAAUGUCAACUCGUGCAAAAUCGACCUGCUGAUCAUCUGCGGCGAUUUCCAGUCUAUCCGGAAUCUGGCCGAUCUAGAUGUGAUCGCAUGUCCCGAUAAGUACAAAAGCAUGGGCACAUUUUACCGUUACUACAACGGAGAAAAGGUUGCGCCUAUCCCAACCAUCUUUAUCGGCGGAAACCACGAGGCCUCCAACUAUCUGUGGGAGCUCUAUCAUGGCGGUUGGGUCUGCCCGAACAUCUACUUCCUGGGCUUUGGCGGCGUUGUCAACUUUGGUGGCCUUCGCAUUGGCGGUCUCACGGGAAUCUACAACCCAGCACACUACGACAAAGGCUUCUUUGAGACCCAACCUUUCAGCAACAAGAGCUGUCGAAGCAUCUACCACGUGCGAAAGUACAACGUUUAUCGCAUGGCGCAGAUCCGUCAACCUCUCCACUGCUUUGUUUCGCACGACUGGCCGAAUGGCAUCGCGGCCUACGGUAAUGUGCGCCGACUCUUGAAACUCAAGCCGUAUUUUGCCGACGAGGUUCGGACGGGCACCCUGGGAAGCGAUGCCAACCAGUUCCUGCUCAAGCGCCUCAAGCCCUCCUACUGGUUUUCGGCGCACUUGCACGUCAAGUUUGCCGCUGUCUAUCCGCACGAGCCGGAGCACCCAGUCACACGCUUUUUGGCUCUGGACAAAUGCCUUCCUCGCCGUGAUUUCAUCCAGGUCAUGGACAUCCCUGAGGUCGAAGGAAGCGGCCCUUACGAACUGCACUAUGAUGAAGAGUGGCUGGCCAUCAUGCGAGCAACCCACGAGUACAUGUCGCUCGCCUAUAACCAAAAGUCACUCCCAGACGAUGCGACGAUUCGAGCGUGA